AAAGGAAAUGGUAAAGCUGAAGCGACGAAUCACGCUGGACUUGGCGGUGGCGGCGUUCGGGCUGGGCUCGUGGCUGGGCGUCAACGGCACGUUCCUGCAGGCACCGCUGCUGCUGCGCCAAUUGCCCGAGGGGUGGGCGCUACCCACUUGGAUCACGCUGGCAGUGCAGCUUGGCAACGUCGGCAUCGUAGUGCACGUACUCGCGCGGCGCCUGCUGCCGCGCAUACCCGACGCCGCAUACAUCUACUGCCUACUCGCGACGGGCGCUGCCGCGCUCUUUCUCAACGCCUUUCUACACGCAGAGACCGUGUUCUGGGUCGGCGCAGAUCGAUCACUUUCCUUCCUUACAUUGGCCUUCUGCUCGGCGCUAGUCGGGUGCACCAGUUCUGUGCUGUUCUAUCCCUAUCUAAGACAUUUCCGUGAAGAGUAUCUGGUCACGUACAUGGUUGGGGAAGGUCUAAGCGGCCUUCUGCCGAGCGUCCUGGCGUUGAUCCAGGGCGUCGGAGGCGAACCUGAGUGCGUCCCGUCUCCGGAUGGUUCGACGUGGACCACCGUCCAUCCCCCGCCGCUUUUCGAUACCGACGUAUUCCUGUCGACUCUUGGAGGUCUAGCAAUCGUGAGUCUCCUUAGUUUCACCUAUAUCCACAAUACGUCGCAAUUCGAUUCCGAGCGAAAAUCGCCAACGGAGAAUAAAGAGCUACGGAAAGAGGCCCCGGUGCGUCAGUCCUGGGCGUGUCUGUUCGUGGCGUCGGCGGCGCUUAACUGCGUCAACAACGGCGUGCUGAAUGCGGUGCAGUCCUACUCGUGCAUGCCCUACGGCGCGACCACGUACCACCUGGCGGCGACGCUGAAGGUGGCCGCGGAUCCUGCAGUAUGCCUGGCGGCGGUGUGGCUAGCGCCGCUGUCGGUACGCGCGCUGACUGCGAUGUUGGCAGCCGCUGCAGGACCGUUGGCGUACAUGCUGGCGACGGCCCUGCUCAGCCCCACGCCGCCACUGCAGGACCAAGCCGCCGGACGGGCACUGGUGGUGUUGUCGUGGUUGGCGGCCGCGGCGGCGUUGGCGUACGCGCGGCUAUGGGUUGCGCUGCGCGCGCGGCGCGGCGGCGCACGAACGAUGCGCGCCUGCGGGGCGUUCGGCCAGCUCGGCUCCAUCCUCGGCACGGUCACCAUGUUCCUGCUGGUCAACUUCACGAACCUCUUCACGCAGGCGCCGGCGCCAGACUGCCCCGGCGCGCACGCUCACUACGGCGAUGCGCUACACGCAUACACUCCAUCUUUGCUCGUUAAAGUAUGAUAAUGUGGAGGCGAGACCAGUCGGUGUAGGGCACCACUUGUAUCUAGGCGUGUCAGCAGUGAACGCUCAUGGUAGCCAACAACGUACACUUUCGUUCUCAAUCUAUUCGAUUGUUCAAUUAUCAAUAAAAUCAAACACAUUAGUAUUUAUACUUUUAAGUAUUUUUUAUUAUUAUUAAGUUACAGCACUUUCGAACAGUACGUGGACACUCCGCGGGAAAACAAUCAUUGUCACCUUUUUUCAAACCAACCUUUUGUUAUUACUUACAUAUUAGAAAUGUGUUGUUUCAGUCAUACUUCUUACUUAUUAUUAACGAGCUGUAAAAAAAACUUAAAAGUAGCCUAUGUGUUAUUCCAGACUAUGUU